AUGGUGCAUUCCAAGAAGCUUGCGAGAACAGAGCCAAAUGGUUCUGCCGGGUGGAUUCAAGGAGCAGCUUCGACAUUGCAAUCUGGAAGUUUUCAUGCUCCUGUUGAUGAAAUGUUGAUUUUGAAGAGUAAAUCGCAAGAGAUCGAGCCAUAUUUAAAUGGACGCUGUAUAUAUCUUGUUGAUCAGUCUCUUGGAAUGAUGGGCUCUGGAAAGACAACUGUUGGGAAGAUAUUGUCACAAGUGCUUUCUUAUUUGUUUUUUGAUAGUGAUGCAUUGGUGGAGGAGGAGGUUGAUGGAACAGCCGUAGCUGAUAUAUUCAAGCACAAUGGAGAGCCUUUUUUUCGUAAUAAGGAGACUGAGGUAUUGCGGAAGUUGUCAAUGAUGCAUAGAUAUGUCAUUUCUACUGGUGGAGGCGCUGUUGUGAGACCCAUCAAUUGGAAAUAUAUGCAGCAGGGGAUUAGUGUUAGGUUGGAUGUACCUGUAGAAGCCUUGGCUCAGAGAAUAACAGCUGUAGGAACUGAUUCUCGACCACUUCUACAUUAUGAAGAAGGAGAUGCAUACACAAAGACUUUCAUGCGUUUGUCUGCCCUUUUUAAAGAAAGAAGUGAAGCAUAUGCAAACGCCAAUGUGAAGGUCUCCUUGGAAAAUAUGGCAGCAAAAUUGGGUAGCAGAGAUGAGUCAGAUUUAUCUCCAACUGCUAUUGCAAUGGAGGCGCUCGAACAGAUCAAAGGCUUUCUUAUGGGUGAAGAUGGCUGUUAAGCACGUGCUAGCACAAUCUUCAACACAAACAUGCUUUAGCAUGGCAAUGUGGCGUAUCUUUUUGCUUAGAAAAAGAAUGAUGCAUGCAUGAUCAAGAUGCACAUGUUUUAGUUUUUAUGCGUAAUUUGUGUAAGCAUAAUUUGACGGGUAGAUGUGAUGUUUGUUGUAUAAUCCUCGGGUAGAAUGUGACGUGUAUAUAUAUUUUUGUUCUUGUAUAUAUACGGGUAGAUGUGAUGUUUGUUGUAAUCCGAACUGGAUAGAUCAGUUUAUGCAUUCUUCCUUUUAAUGCAAUAGGUCAACCCAG